AAUGAUAGUAGAGGGUGGGGCACAGGUGGAGCAGGUAUAUAAGGGGCACACUUUGGCAGUAAGCCAUAUUAUCUUCUCAUUCAAGGCUUGGUGUAUCCAGUUCUAGAAGCAAAUCCAGCUGCAGUGAGUGUGCUGUGCAACAGGAAUGGUCAUUCUCACCAUCCCAAGCCCAGAGCAGGUGCCGGGAGAUGACUCCUUCAUCAAGUCCUCCUUACCUUUAGGUUCGUCUGUUGGAUCCAAGUGCAGCACAGACACAGAGCUGGGAACACCGAUCUACUCAUUAACUGCUUACUGCACAAAGGCUUCAUAUACACCUGACUUGUAUUUACUUUGUGCUCAUCCUACACACAAACCUGCCAUAGCAAUGAGUUAUAAGAGCCACACCCUGAAUGCAGAAGGGACAUGGAUAUGCAGCACUGAUCUACUACAACCUUCUUUGCAUAAGAACAGACCAAGACUUCUACCACAUGGCACCAAAAUGUACAAUUUUAUUCCUCAUAGGACAGAUGGAUUGUGGGAAACCUCAGACUCUCGGCUUCAUGGACCUAAUUCUGCUGACAAAGCCAUAGGAAUUCUCAGUUCUUCAAGGAACAUAAAGAGAAACUUCAGGCUGAAAUAUCUGCACCCCAAGAAGCGUUUGCUACGGGAGUAUUUAUGGAUGCAGCAAGAUUCAUGAUUGUUAACAUUUGCUUGGGGGACUUGAACUUUGCCUUUAUUCUAACUCAAGCUAGAUACUGAGAGUGUCGUCAUUUAUACUUAAAGCUCUUCCAUUAUGACACUGCACAAACCACAUUAGCAUUUGAUCAGUAAAGAUGUUUUUAUUCCUUUUUAAUAAAUUAAUUUAUAGUCUUCAGUA